CGCAGGGCUGCGCCCUCAGCGAAACCAGAAAUCUUUUCCUUGGAGUGAAACGUUCUGAGAAGCGGAAGCUGCGGCUCGGGAAAAGUGAACGCCUUCCAAAGAAAACGCAGCGGCGCUGUGGUAGCUGUGAGUCCAAAGACGGAGCAGCACAGACUGCAGAAGCUCAUUGGGGUUUUGACACGAAGGACUGAUGAUUUGACAUUAGUCAUUUAGUGCGGAUGCUGGCCCAAGCAUAAAAACAUCAGAAAUAUGACGUCGGAUGUCAGGAUAAAUAGCCAAAAUUAACAAAAUGACAUGAAAACUCUGGUCAGUGAUGAUUGAAGUAUACAUGUGAAGGUGGCCGUCUUAUACCUGAAUGGUCUUGAGUGAUGAAUGAACACAUCUGGAUUCUCUGCAAGCAGGACAGGAGCUGCAGCGCAGGAACACACCUUCCUGAGGCUGUGAUUUGAAAAUGGGUUUCCCUUGUUACCAGAACCCUUCUUGUUUUUAGUGGGGGGUGGGGGGUGUCCUGGGACUUCAGACUCUUCCUUCUACCUGAGAUGCACUUAUUGUGUAAGUUCAUUUGUUCAACUGGGCAUAGUGGUUGAAUUACUAAUCACAGUUAGUAGUUGCAGUUGCUACUAACUGUCACGCAGUGGAAGAAGUAGCUUUCCUUUUUAGAUUGGUCCACUUCUCCACGCUCUGCUUAUCUAUUCAUUAAAAAUAUUUGCGCACUGCUCUUUAGUUAAAGUUCUCUAGGCCCAGGGUGAGGUGUUUCCAGUCACCUCUUGCUGGCCUUCCCCACGUCCUUUUUGCUUUAUCUCUUGUGAAAACUUCUAGAUCUGAUGCUGUUAAGUAUGGAGCAGCCCAGAAAAUUCUUCCUCGAAAAGUUCUGUGGGGAAUGCCUGCAGCCAUGUCUCCAAGUUCCUUCUCCUCUCUGUCCCCUUUGCCGCGUGCCUUUUGACCCCAAAAAGGUGGAGAAGGCCUCCAGUGUGGAAAAGCAGCUGUCUUCCUUCAAGGCACCAUGUCGAGGCUGCAGUAAAAAGGUGACACUUGCAAAGAUGAGAUCCCACGUCACAUCGUGCGCUAAAGUCCAGGAACAAAUGGCCAACUGUCCGAAGUUCGUGCCUGUGGUCCCAACUUCCCAACCCAUUCCAAGCAAUAUUCCAAACCGGUCCACGUUUGUCUGUCCCUAUUGUGGAGCACGGAACUUGGAUCAGCAGGAACUGGUGAAGCAUUGCAUGGAGAACCACCGCAGCGACCCCAACAAAGUGGUCUGUCCAGUGUGCUCAGCCAUGCCUUGGGGGGACCCCAGUUACAAGAGUGCCAACUUUCUACAGCAUCUCCUGCACAGGCACAAGUUUUCCUAUGACACGUUUGUGGACUAUAACAUCGAUGAGGAAGCAGCCUUGCAGGCAGCCCUGGCGCUCUCCCUCUCAGAGAACUGAGGGCCGCCAACACUGCUGAGCAGCAGACAGGAACUGUUGCAGAACUCGCCUGACUUUCUCUCCUGUUGGAGUGAUGCCCCGCUCGUCCUGCCCAUUGGCACCUGGAGGGUGGCUCUUGCCGUUUCCUCAGCUUUUGUCUUGCCUCAUUCGGUCAGGGAACCUCUUCCUCGGGGCGGGGACAGCAAAAAGGGGCACUCUCCCUUCCCUGGUUCAGUUGGACCUGCUCUGUACUACUGGUUGGACGUUCCCCGCGCAACUAAGUACAGAUGGUAUACUUUAUUAAGACGCUUUUAAUACAGUUUUAGCACCAUCGGCCCUCAUUCCGUUAGCGGUUUAUAUAGCAACAAAACAUUUUGUGGGGAAACUGUAGUUUACAUUUUUUUAUUGCCUGUGUCUUUUUGUUAAUUCACUGGAUUUUUUUAAUUUGGGGAAAAAAUUCAGCAUGGGACACUUAAAUCUUGUACGAAUAUUUAUUAUGCACUUGGGUGCAAAUUGCCUGCUACUCAGUCAUUGUGGCAAGGAAUUUUGGGAUAAAGUCUUGCAUGGAAAGCAGCAUUUCAAAGAGGUUUGUGAUGCCCAAGCGAGAACAGAAGGCCAUUCCUGACCAUAGUUGUUUAGCCAAAUCUCUCUCUUCUCUCCCCACAACUGACCUUGCUCAUUUUGUAUCUGCUUUUGUGAUACUCUAGAAGUUCUUUGUGGUUUUUUUCUACAUCUCUCAGUGUAACAAAUACUCUUCACAUUUUAUAGAGAGAAUACAAAGCAGUUAACCCUUGAUAUUGCAAUAUCUGUGUUUGACUAGAAACAAUAGUAUUUUUAUGGAACAUUAUUUUUCAAAGUAUAUUUUUUAAAGAAAAGUGGCCUGGGUUCCAGAUCUUCGGGCUUUUGGGAGGAGAGUCUCAAACCUGGAGUGAAAGAGGCUUUUGUUAAUUUCUGAGCAAUGGGUCGGUGGUCUUUUUUUAAGGGUUUGAGGAUUUUCGUUCUCUGCAAGAAAAGUAAAACAAUGAAAUUACUUUUUGGGGACAAGGAACCUUUUAGGGGAUUAUUGCAAGUUGUUAUUAAGUGGAACUGCUAAGGCUUUAUUAUCCAGGUGUUCUGAUUGUGAGUCGGUGGGCCUGAAGUAGACUGGAAAGAAAUAAAAGCUGUGAAUAA